AUAAAUCAACUAUAAAUUUAGAUAUGAUUCUAAAGCAUAUAUAAAAGAAACAUCGAUAAGCAAUUGGAUUCUAUACACUAGAUUAGCCAUUGAUAUAUACAUAUAAUACCUACAUCUAGGUAUUAUCAAUCAGUCUACAUUUUUGACAACGAAUUUUUCAAAUUAAGAAACACAAAAUGAACAGUUUGGUUAAAGUGUUUAGCAAUUUUAGAGAAUUCUAUAGUGAAAUUAAUGGUGCUACACUUACUGGUGCAAUAGACGUAAUAUGUGUGGAACAACCCGAUGGAGAGUUCCAAUGUUCACCCUUUCAUGUAAGAUUUGGAAAAUUGGGUGUUUUACGUUCCCGUGAAAAAGUCGUUGAUAUAGAAAUAAAUGGUGAACCAGUUGAUAUUCAUAUGAAAUUGGGAGAAACUGGCGAAGCAUUUUUCGUUGAGGAAUGUCCAGAAGAUGACGUAGAAGAGUUGCCAGAUAAUCUGGCUACUUCCCCCAUUCCAACAAGCUAUAUGCCUAACAAAUUUGAUCAUGAAAUAGAAAUUGAUCCUAAUGAUAGAAUAAAAAAUGCUAGCGAUGACAUACAGCUGCCAUUACCAUUACCUAUACCUAGAAGAAAUUCCAUAGAUUUGACAAAAGAUGUCGCUCAAGAUCAAGAUGCUCCAAAGUUUGAAAAUCAAGUUUCAGAUUUUAGUCAUAGAAGACACACUGAUAACGCAUUGGAACGUCGAAAUUUGAGCUUUCAGCUUAAGGAAUACACAACUCAAAAGUUACGUCAAGAAUGGGCUGAACAUGAAGAAAUUUUUCAAUUUGACACCGUAGAUAAAGAAAAAGAUUGGAUCAAUAGCACACAGAGUGAACAAAAGCCACAGGAAACUACAACACAGAACUUAUUAUUAGAUAGAGAUGUAGUUUUAACAGAAAAUACCAAAGAUACAAAUAUUGAAAAGAACACACAAGAUAUAAGUACAAUAAAUAAUACUUCAGUAAAUAACAUCAUAGUAAGUGGUAACACAGGGGAACAACCUUCUAAUAAUAACAGUAUUAAAGAAGAGUCCAAAAGCAAGAAGAAACGUCGCAAGAAGUCACAAAUGAAAAAGAAAAACGCACAGCGAAAAUCUUCAUCAAGUAGCUCUAUUGGCAGUAAUACACCACAAGAUGGUGUGUCAGUCAAUGUACAGAGUGUCGAUGAAAGUGAAACUAUGUCUUUAUCGAUUUCAAAUAACACAAAUUCAUCCAAUGAUGAGUCUACAACAAAAUCUGGCGAUCAACCUUCUGCUCCACUUAUUACCGCAACUACUGGAGAAGAUAGUAUCUUAGCAGAUACUUACCAAACAACACCAAUAACUACUAACACUAGAAUGAUAGAUUUAGAUAUUCAUUUCUUUAGUGAUACGGAAGUUACUUCUCCCAGUGGCAAUGGAGUUGGGGGUGCGAGCCGCGGCGCUGGUCGCCCAUCCACACCAAUACAAAGUGAUAGUGAAUUAGAGAUUACUCUUUCGCAUGAGAAGGCUGAAGAGCAAUUAGUUUCAAAUACACCUUCAUGGAAAUGGGGUGAAUUACCAACACCAGAAAAAAGUAACACUAAAGAAGGCAAUGGUGACUCAGUUGCACAACACAAGUCAAUGCUCAGUAGCAUGUUUAAUUUUAUGAAAAAACAUAAUAAAAUGCGUAAGCAGGGUACCGAUGGAGGAGUUUAUUUAUCUGAUCUAGAUACCGAUACCAUGGACCCCGAAAUGGUAGCAAUGUAUUUUCCUAAUGCAACUAUAACAAAAGAAGUAGCUCCAACUACAUUACCAGUACCACUUGCUGAGGAUGAUCGUGAAAGUGGCAAUGGUACUAGUCUUCCGCACUCACCGAGCUCUAUGGAAGGUCAAAAAAGUGUAGAUUCGGAUUAUGAUGAUGGAAAAUUGCAAGAGAAUAAGUAUCUUGAUUUUGUUGCGAUGUCACUUUGUGGUUUUUCGGAAAAAGGAAAUCCGACGGACGAAGAAUUUGAUAGACACAUGGUCAAGUACAGUGAUGUUUGUGAAAAUCCUAGCUUGUUUUCGUCACCGAAUUUAAUUGUGCGUCUUAACGGUAAAUACUUCAGCUGGGCUGCUGCAUGUCCAAUUGUUAUGACUAUAAUAACAUUCCAGAAACCCUUAGCAGAAGAUGUUGUGGAGCAACUCAUGACAAACGCUAAACAAGAUGCCGAAGCAGCAGUUGCUGCUUGUGCUGACAAUAAUAAAGGAGAUGAGACUAUUGCAAUUGAUGCAGUAGGUCAGUCUAAGCGUUCCUGGUGGUAUUGGAGGAGACCUCAAACAGGCGCACAAGCUAAUACAAUUAUAAAGAGCGCUGAUAAAAUAGAUGAAAAAGAUGCAGAUCAAACUGCUGUUGGAACUCAAACAACUCGACCUAAUUCCCCAGAUGUGAGCGAUAAUACAUUAAGUAAAACGGACUCAACUUUAAAUGCAGAGAAUACAUCGGCAUUAGUUGAAAAUUUUGAGGAAUUAUCUCAAAUAUCUGCUAAAAGUGAAUCAAGCCAAAAUAUCAAAAAUGAGCGUUACAAAAAGAGUUUGCGCUUAAGUUCUGAUAUUAUAAAAAAAUUGAAUUUAAAGGAAGGCAUGAAUGAAGUUGAAUUCAGCGUUACUACAGCUUAUCAAGGUACAACACGCUGUAAGUGUUAUCUUUUCCGUUGGAAAUAUAAUGAUAAAGUUGUUAUAUCGGAUAUCGAUGGUACGAUAACUAAAUCUGAUGUCUUGGGACAUAUUCUUCCAAUGGUUGGAAAAGAUUGGGCACAAAUGGGUGUUGCACAAUUGUUUUCAAAAAUCGAGCAAAAUGGUUACAAAUUACUGUACCUGUCCGCUCGUGCAAUAGGGCAAUCACGUGCUACACGUGAAUAUUUACGAUCAAUACGCCAAGGCGAUACAAAACUGCCUGACGGCCCGUUGUUACUUAAUCCAACAUCAUUAAUAUCUGCAUUUCAUCGUGAAGUUAUCGAACGCAAACCGGAACAAUUUAAAAUUGCUUGCCUCUCUGAUAUACGAGAUUUAUUUCCUGAUAAGGAUCCAUUCUAUGCUGGCUAUGGAAAUCGUAUUAAUGAUGUCUGGGCGUAUCGAGCAGUUGGCAUACCAAUUAUGCGUAUUUUCACAAUAAAUGCCAAAGGAGAGCUCAAGCACGAGUUGACACAAACAUUCCAAUCAUCUGGUUACAUCAAUCAGUCCUUAGAAGUUGAUGAAUAUUUUCCAGCAAUAAACACUGCUGAUGAUGAUUAUGAGUAUAAAACUGAUAUUUUUGAUGACGAAGAAGAGGAAGAUGAGCUACAAUUUAGUGAAUCUGACAAUGAUGAAUCCGAUGGUAUAGAUGAUGGUAUUGAUAUUGAGCCCAAUGAUGAAUAUGUUGAUGAUGACAUUGAAAUGUAUGAGAAUGCAAAGAUACUUUUACCAACAAUCAAUUUAGAUGUAAAAAAAAGAAAAGUAGAUGAUUUUAGUCAUUUAAAAUUAAAUGUUUGAUAGGUAUUAUUUAGAAAACUUAAUUUAUACAAGUUAAUAAGAUCUUGGAACAAAAACAUGUUUUGUUAAAAGAAAUUAAUUGUGAUAUUGUUGUUUGCAGUUUAGAUAAGUUGUUAUGUUAAUUUUAAGUUAAUUUAAUUAUACUCAUAUUAAUUAUAUAUUUUCAAAUUGUAUGGGAUAUAUGAGUAUAUAAAGUAAAUUUUAUAGACAGAUACAAAAUAUACCUGAAGAAAAAAGUGAUAAUUUUUUAGUAAUACACAAAUUUAUUUUAAGAUAGGGAAAUUAAUCAAUUAA